CGCGCCACCCUUCGCGGCGGCCUCAGCUGUCAGUCACCGGGACCCGGCCGUGAUUUUCCAGCCUCUCCAACUGGGGGGGGAGAACUGUUUGUAUACAAAACAGUUCUUCCCCUGUCAGCUCCUGCACACUGCUUUGCAUGGCCAUGCAAAGCAGUGUGCUUACAAUGAAGCACCAACACAGGACACAGUGUAAAACAGCACACAGGUAACCCUUUGAUCGCCCCACAUGUUAACCCCUUCCUGCCCAGUGCCAUUAGUACAGUGUCAGUGCUUUUUAUUAGCACUGAUCCCUGUACUGGUGUCACUGGGGAUGUCAGUGACACCAAGUCAGUCCUCCCAGUGUCAGAAUGCCCGCCGCACUCCCGCUAUAAGAUGCUGA